UGAACAAGAGGGAACAGAGAUAAGACUUUAGUUUUUUUUUUCUAAUUCAGUGAUCCGUCGGUACCUAACAAAUAAUGUGCAAGAAGUGAGUGAUUGAAAGAAACUCGAUCUGAGUGCUUUUUGUUUGAAUGUGCUAUUGAAUAAAAGAUCUUUAUUUACCAUUUUCAAAGUUUCACUAAUCAAUUAAGUGUUAGUAUAUUUGUGCCAGUAAAUUGUUUAUGUUUUGACAUUUUACUCAUGACAACGACGCAGGCGCGAUAAGGAGUGGUGUGUAACAGUUGUUUCGUGAUGGCCUGUCAUACUGAUUAGUAUACGCUUUAUCAAGAAAUUUUGUGUAUUUUUGCCGUCUUGAAAACCUUAUCGAACAUUCAAGCAGUUUGUUGUGAUACAAGACGAAGUGUAGUCACUCGUUAAUAAAAUCUAAGGGCUUGCCUCGAUAGUGCUCUCCUCCAGUACAUCGAAUGGACUCAAUUGUGAUAUCAAACCUUAAGACUGAUAUAGCUUACCUACUAUAAGCUUAUGACUUCAGAAAUUAAAAAUUUUUAAUUGGACGAAAACUUGAGAAAAUUCUUCAAGGAAAAUUGUUUAGCAAUAAUAAUGGUGAAAAUAAAUGGAAAACUUUUGCCAAUCAAGGCGCAUUACUUUUUCUUCAUGGCUGCUAUGGGACCGAUACUUCCACAAAUAUCGGUUUAUGGAAAACAGCUUGGAAUAGAACCUGAAAUAAUGGGAUACAUUACAUCUGUUCUUCCAAUCAUGUAUGUUCUUGCAAAACCAGUUGUCGGAUUUUUAGCAGAUUACUUUUCAAAUUUUCGAAAGUGUAUAUUUAUGUCUCUCAUUCUUGGUAUGACACUUUCAUUUGCUGCUUUUUAUUUUGUACCAGCUUCUAUAAAUCACUCAAUAAGUGCCAAAGAGCGAUUCAACUUAACUUUGACAUUAAAUGAUCUCAGAGAGUGUGAUACUCAGGUAUUCGUGAAUAAUGCAGAAUGCAAGAUCACUCGCCGUCUGCAAUGUGAUGCUGAGGGUAUUGAUUUAACAGCGGCACCUUUAUACAUCAUUCGAACAACUAAUAAUGAAACACUGAUAAACAAAGUUUGUCACAAGGCAGUCAAUCUGUUGACAUUUGAUACUAUUCAGACGGUUUGUAAAGUUGACCUUUCGAACUCACCCGAUUGUCUCUACAACACCUCAACAUUUUGGAUGUUUGUAAUCCUCUUAUGCCUUGGAACAAUUGGAUUCAAUGUGACAAACUCAAUAAGUGAUGCAAUUUGCUUUGAUGUUCUUGAAGGAGAUGACAUGCAGUAUGGAGGGCAAAGAGUGUGGGGAACUAUUGGGUUUGGUUUUACGGCUCUUUUAGCUGGAAUUGUAGUGGAUUUUUGGACUGUGGAUGCUGUCAAAAGUUUUACUCCAGCUCUGGUAGUUAUGUUAGUGUUUAGUGGGUUCGAUGUUCUUAGUGUGACAAAGCUAAAAUUGCCAAACUUCUCGUCUUCGGAAUCGAUCUUCAGAGAUGUUUGGGGCUUGCUGUCACAGAAUUCAAUCGCAGUAUUUUUGGUUUUCGCAACUAUCGCUGGAAUUAUAGAUUCUUUUAUUAUUUAUUUCAUGUUUUGGCAUUUAGAAGAUGUCGCUCUAGAAACUGGCUACAUGGAUCAAAUAAAGCUUAUCGAAGGUUGUGUUGUUGCGGCUGAAUGUCUUUGUGGAGAAAUUCCCAUAUUUUUGUUUAGUGGAAAAAUACUGAAAAAGAUCGGUUACGUUCACUGCUUGAGCUUAUGUUUUUUUACGUAUUUCAUUCGACUUGGACUGAUAUCUCUAAUAGCAAAUCCAUGGUGGCUAGUACCGAUAGAAAUGGUAAUGCAGGGUUGCACCUAUGCGCUCUGUUACACCUGUAUUGUAGCCUAUGCUUCUGCUAUAGCACCACCUGGGACGUCAGCCACAGUUCAAGGAUUAGUUGCUGGAAUGGACGAUGGCUUGGGAUUUGCCAUAGGCUCACUUAUCGGCGGACAGGUAUACAAACGAUUUGGAGGACGAAGGAGCUUCCAAAUGUUUUCGGGAGUAGCAUUAGUUACAUGCUUUUUGCACAUUUUGAUUCGAUCCGCUGCUAAGCACAAACAAUACCUGCCAAAAGGAGAAUACCAACUACCAGUAGAAAUGAAAGAAAUCCAAAAACCAUGAGGAUGUUAAUUGAAAACAAUAAACCAAGAGGUAUAGUAAUUUUUAUGUUUUACUCCUGAUCUUUUUGUGAUUAUUUUAAGACAGUAUGUUACAUGUGAAAAUGUUAACUAGAUUUAUAAGUAAGGUAUGGAUUUUUCAAUUAUCUUAAGACUUAAUAAGUAAGUACAUCUAAAAGCUUUAAUGUAUGUUUGUUUAUAUUAAGUAAAUAAAACCGACUGUAAAAAAUAAAA